AGAGAGAGAGGAGGGAUCUGGAAGUGAGAGACGGAGAGAGUGAGAGUGAGAGUAUGAGUGGAGGAGUGAGGACCGGAGCUCCGACACUUUUACGAUCGCUCCUUUAGUUAUUUUCCCUUCUUUCUAUCCGGUAAAAUUCGGUCCGGAGGUUUAAGUGGAAUCCGCAGAACCGGAGUGUGUGAGGAGGAGAGCAGGAACAGAGGAGAGCGGAAUAGAGAGAAUAAGAAUAAACGGAAGAAGGAGAAGACAGGAUGUGGAGGUGUCCGAGACAGAGCGCGAGCUCUUUUUUAUUACCGACCCGGGUUUACCGAACCGGAGCGGAUUCCCGGAGCGCGUGAAGAACACAACAGUGGAUGAAGUACAGAGGUGUGAGCUGGAUGUGUGCACACGGGAGAAGAAAGGUCCCAGGCUCCAGAUGUCCCACUGCCUGAAAUUGUCCUGGGCUGAGACCCAGUGGAGUGUAACGGAGAGGAAAGGAGGAGUCGUGGGCUUCUCAGCUUCUCUGCUCCAGGGCUGCUGUUGCAAUUUCACACAGGCUCUGGGCCAAACGAGUCCUGCCGUGCUUUGAUAUUUUAGCAUGGAUGGCGCCAAUCAAGGACCCUCUGACCUCAAGAACGAGAUCGUGGCGCUAAGGUGGAGGACUAGCAAUUAUCUAAGGAUUAACCCUGGACUUCCUCUCUGUGAACUGUGCAUUAGUGCGAUCCUAUAAAGCACCUCGCUGGAUUUACUUCUCCUCCUUUUAAACCACAGAUUUUGUGGGUGGCUUUGAGGUUUUUUCUUUUCUUUUUUCUUUCAUUCUUAUUUUCCCACAAUGGAGUUCCAAGUUGGACUGUGGAAUAACGAUUGGACCUCGUUUAUUCGAUUUUGGUUUACUGUGUUGCUGAGUUUGCAUGUGCAGUUUGAUCCCGUUGCAUCGUGUCCCAAAGAAUGUCGUUGUGACAAAACUUUUAUAUACUGUAAUGAGAGGAGUUUGACAUCUGUGCCUCUGGGGAUUGGGGAGGGAUACAAGAUUCUUUACCUUCACAACAAUCAGAUCAACAGCGCUGGAUUUCCAUUGGAGCUCCAUAAUGUGGCAUCGGUGGAGACUGUCUACUUGUAUGGGAACCAGCUGGACGAGUUCCCUCUGAACCUUCCCAGAAAUGUAAAAAAACUCCAUUUACAGGAAAACAACAUUCAGACCAUUUCAAGAGCAGCACUUGCCCAGCUACCCAAGCUGGAAGAACUGCACUUGGACGACAACUCCAUCUCCACAGUUGGGGUGGAGGAAGGGGCUUUUCGUGAAGCGGUAAACCUAAAGCUCCUCUUCCUCACCAAGAAUCACUUGAGCAGUGUUCCUAUUGGAUUACCAGCAGAUCUUAAGGAAUUGCGUCUGGAUGAAAACCGCAUCGCAGAGAUAGAUGAAGGAGCUUUUCAAAAUGUUACUAAUCUCCAGCAGUUGGUGCUGGAUGGAAAUCUUCUGGAGGACGAUGCCAUUGCUCCUGGUACCUUUAAGAACCUGGUGAACCUAAAAGAGCUUUCAUUAUCCCGGAAUUCCCUCACCAUCCCACCACCAUUGCUUCCUUCUUUGUCUCUUGGUAAACUUAACCUGCAGGAGAACCAGAUUAAAGACAUCUCUGUUUCGGUUUUCUCUGAGCUCAGGAAGCUUGAGAAGCUCGAUCUUUCCACAAACCUGCUACAGACUGUUCCACAGGGUGUGUUUGAUGGACUGAGCAGCCUUACACAUCUCAAUGUCCGGGGCAACCCUUGGCGCUGUGAUUGUGCUAUUAAGUGGAUUGUGUUUUGGCUGAAGUCUUUACCAUCUUCUGUGAAUGUCCGAGGAUUCGCAUGUCUACAACCAGAAAGGCUAAAGGGCAUGAUCAUCCGAGAACUCAACCUUGAUCUCCUUCAGUGUCCAGCUGGCACUGAAAUCGAUCCAUGGCUCACUCACUUACCUCCAACUCCAUCACCACCUCGUAGGACCACCGUCCUUCCCAGGACCACCUCCAUCACCACCAUGUCAUCCACAGUUUUCUACCCAACCACAACUAUUCCCACACUUCCAAUGCCCAAUUUCCCACCUGCUCCCUAUCCACCCUACGAAGACCCUUUGAAAAUAUCUUUGAAUGUGGUGAACAGCUCGUGUGUCGAGGUGAGCUGGGAAUCUUAUUUCACUGUGACGGCAUAUAAAGUCACCUGGGUCAAGAGGAGUCAGAACAUAAUGACGGAUAUCAGCCAAGAGAGGACAGUUCCCGGAGAGCAAAGGAGGCUUAACUUGUAUGACUUGGAACCGAGAUCCAAGUACCGCAUCUGUGUUUACAUUCUGGAUUCCUUAAAUAGUUACAGACCUGGAGAGGAUACGAUCUGUUCAGAGAUCAAGACCAAAUCGGCCUCUAGAACCUCCAUCAAUCCGUCAGAGUCGGAUCAGGUGGCGCAACAGGACGUCAUGUCUACGUUCCUUUUAGCCGGUGUGAUCGGCGGUAUUGUGCUGCUCGUUCUGAUUAUUUUACUCGGUCUGUUUUGCUGGUACAUGCACAAGAAGAACAGGUCUUCUUCCUCAUCCAAAUGGAAAUACAACAGAGGAAGGAGAAAAGACGACUACUGUGAAGCCGGCACCAAGAAAGACAACUCCAUCCUGGAAAUGACCGAGACCAGCUUCCAGAUUGUGCCAUUGAACAAUGAGCAGCUUCUAAAGGGAGAUUUCAGGAUCCAGCCCAUUUACACGCCCAACGUUGGCAUCGGAUACAGAGACUGCCAUCUCAGCAACAACAGCAUUGUUUAUUGCAAAAGCAGCAACGUUCCUGGUGUGGAAUUCUGCCACACGUGAUGCUACGAACAUUUUUUUAAAGACAAUAAACGUUCACUGUACGAUCGUACAAUGUACACACACACACACACACACACACACACACACACACACACACACACACAUACACACA